AUGGAAUCCCAAAUCAUGAAACGCCAAACUACUCUAACACAGCUCCCGCCGAGAAGGGGACUAGUAAAGAUCAGAGUAGUCAAGAGUCUCAUCAGAUCCAUGACGGCUUUUGCGUAUGGCGAUGGUGGACGGAACAACGGAAUCGACGACGGAGGUGAUUCAGCUUCUAGAACACCGCCGAUACCAAAUGGAUAUAAUUCCGAUGAAAACAACUGA